AUGGCCAAGCUGGACGUGGACCGCUAUGGUGUUCCACAGUACGGUGGCGAGCCGGAGCUCUACGAGGAGUACCAGGAAAGAGCUUGGGAUCUAUGGUUCGGCCGGGACGGGAACGAGCAGACCCAAGCAGCGACCCCGAUACACCUCCGCUCUGGACUUGUUGGCACGGCCUACGCUGCCGUAAGGAAGCUUGACCACGCGAGCUUGAUUACCAAGGGCACCGACGGCAAGCCCAACGAGAAAGGACUGAGGCUCCUCCUGCAGACCCUCCGCGACAACAUCGAGCAGGAGGCCCCGGUCAAGACCAACGAGCUUUUCUUCAUCGCCUUCUACAGCCCCCACGUGUGGCGCCUCCAGUCCGAGACAAUGCAGCAGUACAUUGUGAGGCGCGAGCAGGACUUCAAGAGACUGGAGGAGGUCCUUGCCGGGGCUAAGAUACCGGACCACGUCCGGGCAAUGAUGCUGCUGGCCUUUGGUGGGCUGGAUCCCCGGGAGCAGCUGAAUGUGCUGAGCUCUGUGAAUAACGAGUACGACUUCAAGAAGAUCGCGCACGCGCUCCGGAUCCAGUACCCCACCUGCAGCGGCAAGCCUGUGCACCGCCGCGACUACCUUGGAUGUGGCAGACAGCAGCCACCUCCCGCUGCGACGGCGAAGUUCAGGCCGAGGCCUUUCACGACGAGGCCGCCGAAGGGCAAGGGCCGUGGCUAUGUGCUGGCUGUGCAGGACGAGUCCGCGGACCCCGAGGACCAGGAGGCCUACGUCGAGGAGGAAGGCCAGGAGUACGAGGACGAUGCCUACGAGGCCCACGGUUACUCGGACGACGAGGUCCUGGAGAAUAUGAUUCAGGACUACGAGGACCACGCCGACGACCAGGAGCUGGCCGAAGCCUAUGCCACCAUCCUUCAGAAGAGGAAGCAAGCGCCUGGCGGCGGCAAGGGUCCCAGCCAGCCGCAGAGUUUCCCGUUCAAGGCAAAGGGCGAGGUUGUUCUGGACCAGCAGGCGAAGGAGCAAAGGCGCAACGCGGUGAAGUUCUUGAAGUCGGUCACCCCGUGCUCCGCCUGCGGCAAGAAGGGGCACUGGGCUGGAGACCAGGAGUGCCCCCAGGCAAGCCGAAAGACCGGAAAAGGGGGCGCAUCUCCCAAGAAGAAGGGGGCGAACAAAAGACCAUCGCCUUCGGCCUUCUUCGUGGACAAGACCGCGACCGCGCACGACGACGAGGAGGAAGCCGACGCCUUCAUGGUGACAGUGACCUCCGAGCCCGGCUCCCCCUCGCCUUCCUUCGGCGUCUUCGGCAACCACUUCGAGAUGGACAGCGACGACCCAGAGUCCUUUAUGACCCUUCGCGCCGAGAACCUCUGCCAGCACUCCUCCUACAAAGGCGGCGACGAGAAGAAGUACCACAGGUCUGCCAAUGGACACUCCCGGCAGAUAAUGUGUAAGGAGCCCGAGUGCGACAAGCCAGUCAUACAGGCCAACCGGCGCGAGCCCGCACGGCUCUGGGCCUUCCUCGUGCAGAUCGCCUUGUGUACUUUGUGGGGCCGCCGUGCUCGGUCGAGGGCCCUCUUCCAGCGAGUUACCAUGGUGCGGGGCGAGGCCCAGGAAGAGCGAGAACGAGAACUUGAUGAACUUCGCGGCCGCCGCUCUACCGAAGACCCUCUCGCGAGGCCAGCCGUUGACGAUGGAGGCCGUACCUACGUGGACGUGGCUUCUUCUGCUGAGUGCCACUGGUGGUGCACACAGGUGCUCGGCUUUGUCCUGGGCAACAACCCUAUGCGGCCCGAGGUCUAUGCCUUUGCCUUCUACCUCCACGGCCGCCUCCACCUCAUCAAGGAAGCCAUCGUCAGGAUGCAUGGUGCGGGCGCUGGGGAAGACCCGACCAAGCGGACCCUGAGGCCCAACGACAUGGUGAGCACGAGGCAGAUAAGGGUCCCCGUGGCGCUUGACCCCCACCGCCUGGACAUAGUCACCGAGCACGACUGUGACGUCAUGAUGCAGGAGCCCGCCGAGGCAGCCAGCAGCCCCGAGAGCGAGUCGGAGAUCCCAGUCAGCUACGUGACUUCCGAGGAGGAUCCCCCGGGGCUGGCCAUUUUGGACAGCGGCUGCACGAGGACCAUGCACGGUGCUUCCUGGGCCGAGCGCUUCGAGGCAGAGCUCACCCGCCUCAACUUGCCGUGGAAGGACUCGGUGAGCCAGCAGCCUCCAUCCCAUGUCUCCGAGCUUGACUGGAUCAAGGAGGUCUUGGAACAUGGUUUGGAAUUGCUCGAGUCGCUCUGCAAGGAGGUGCAGGAGCUGGGCGCGGUAGGAAGGUCCGUCCUCGUGGGGCCACUGGAAACCUUAGGUCGGCGCUGGCGCUUGGCGCAGUUGCAUCUUCUUAUGCCAGUGGCGCGGCUCGCCCAGAGGCUGGAACCCUCCACGGCUGCCAAGAAGCUUGAGGAGCUGAUCCACUCCAGAGGCUUCGACGCCUCGCAACUUGCCAGAAGAGGACUGAGGGAAUACGAUCGUUUCCAAGAGGACAAAAGCGAAAGAAUCAACUUGGAGCAGCCCGGGCCAAUGCUAGACGAGGAUACAGCUGAUGCCAUGCAGACACUGGUGAACUUGACAGUCAAACUGCAUGGUCAGCGGCGGCCGUCUAGAGAAGAUGUUGAUGAAAUCCUGCGGACGAUGGGAAGGCGCAAGGGACGGCGUGCAGGUCUAGUGCAAGAGACCUUUCGUCUAGCCAGCGACCUGGCCACGCAUGGACUUAAAGUGCUUCGUGCAUCCAGCGAGGAGGAUCAGGCUUUCCUUGCUGAAGUUAGAGACGCUCAGCUUCAACAGGAUGUGGAAAUGUCGGCCUCCGCUGCGAACAAACUGUUCUUCCGCCACCUGACUCCCGAUACGGAGUCGUGUGCGGCAGUCAUCGAGGCUCUGUUUGCUUGCGGCGCUGCGCCUGCUGCAGAAAGCAUGCUGCUAAGGUGCCAGUCCGCUUAUCCGCCCAACCCUGCUCUUUACAGUGCUGUCAUAUUUGGUCGAUUGUAUUGUGGUGAUGGGCAGGGGGCUGUCGAUGCUAUUCUGGAGAUGGACAGAGCAGGCUUCGCGCCGCAUCAGCGCUUCAUUCUACGGUGCCUGCGCUACAUGGGUGCGUUCCACAGAGAAGCCUUGUUGCUGAUAGACCGUCUUGGAUUCCCCAUGAUGCAGCAAAAGAUGCUGCACAUCUUGAUGGAAACAUGCAUAGCCUCGCCGCAGCCCAGCGCUUGCGUGUUGGACGUAUACCACAGCUUGCUUGCGAAGGGCUAUAGUCCAACUCCAGAUACGCAUUUCGCUUUGCUGAAAGCCCUCUGUGGCAUCAGUGAUGCCCAGUGUGCCAUCGACGAACUCCACAAAAUGCAGACGAAAUGCAUUUUGCCAGAGUUUAUCGGUUUCGAUCUUCUACUUCUGGACUGCUUUGGGUUGGCGGCCAGCGCCCGACGUGCAAGUCAGGUUAUCGAAGCUAGGCGCCAGUGGGUGCUAGAGGUGUCAGCUGCACUUCUGUCGGAGCCAACAGACCACGUGCAUCUGAUAUGCCAAGAGCUGCAAAGAAGACAUGCAGACUUCGACGGCUCGUUUGAAGCGAAGUUCAGGGUGGCUAGAGGAGAGCAGGAAGCAGCUGCUGAUGCAGUGUGUCGGCAUGAGGUGCAGGAUGAGCCUGAAGAGGACGAAGAGGUAGAUGCGGAGGAAAACAUGCUUAGACAGCAGCUCUGCUGCAAGGCUUCGGAUGAAGUUGCAGACCAAGAUCCCGAAGCUGAGUGCUGGUUUGGCCCACGCUACAAGUAUACCUGGGUGUUGACUGCCUAUUGCGCGGCUUUGCCCUUACGACUGGCAGCUCUCAAAGCUUCUCAUUACCUGGUCUUUCGCUACAGCCUGGUGCGCUCUGGCGCACAAAAGGCGGCAUUGCAAGAAGAGCUAGACAGAGGCAUGUCGCGGGACUAUGCUGAGUUGGCACGGGAGUUACACCAGAAGCUGGAGCUGGAUGCCUGGAACUUCCAGGAGCAUCUUCGACUAGGUCAGGCAAGCACAGGUGUGCUGGAAGAAGGCUGCUGGCAGCCUAUGUCUUUCAUCCUGCUCAUCCUGAUGCACUUGGACCAGUUGGAGGUUGUCGAGGGCACACAAGUUCGCCUUCUUCGCAUGCUUUUCCGCUCCCUUCCGGUGGGGGCACGCUGCCUGUCGGAGAUGCAUGCGGAUUUCCUUCAGAGGAGAGCUGGCCAGCUAUCUCCGGCAGUCUUGACAGAGCUCAUCCGCGCCUGUAGUGUUUGUGACGGGGGGCACAGUCCCUUCGGCAGCGAUCAGGGCCGCCGAAUGCUUGCAGACACCGUGAGGGACCAUUACCUGACGCGGGCUCCGGGCGGGGAGCCCAUCAAGCUGAGCACUUCCCUACGCUUCGUGCGAACGCAUGAACUCGCAGAUCUCAUCGCAGACGAUGUGCUCUUCAUUCCGGUUCUGUGUUCCUUACAGGACGGCCAACCUCAGCAUGCAUACAAUUUAGGGGAGGGUGACCUGCAGCUUCAGCUCCGUCUUGUAUCCUAUGCUAUCUGCAAGGGAAAGCGACUGGCAGCCGGCCGCUUAACGGAACGAUUCGGCUUGCUUGACCACCUGGAUGGCAUCACAGAGGUACCGGGCUGGUCGGAGGCACAGGGCCCCUUCAAGGAAGUCUGCACUGCUUGUGUGCGGGAGGCGGAAGAGGCGGAGGAGAAAGAACUCAGAGCUGCCAGUGACCGGAAAAUGGCCGCUGCGGCGGAAGAAGAUGCCAUCUGCCUGCAGCUGCCAGAAGCGGUGGCAGCGAAUGUUGUCCUUGUGUCCACAGAGGCAGAGCUGCUGCACAUCCGUGCUCGCCUGAUGGCUUUGGCUGAUGUGUCGCAGCCGGCCGAGCCUAGCGUGGAUCAUCUGAUCCAUCGUUGUGGCAGUUGUAUCGGCCUAGACACAGAGUGGAAGCCAUUUCUGGAGAAGCGUGGGGGGAUGCAGAAGCAUCGGAGGAGCAAUCAGUCUGCAGCAUCUAUGGAACCCUGCUCGACUCUCCAACUGGCCGCCGAGGAUUUCAUCGUGAUCUUUGACCUUUUGGCUUUAGCACCAGCAGAGAAGAGCACAGCGCAGAUGCUAUCUACUGUCUUGGCUUCCUUGUUUUGCCAUCGCGGGAUUGUCAAAUUGGGCUUCGGGCUGCAAAACGAUUUGCAGCGCCUGGCGGCAUCCUAUCCUCACUUGGAGUGUUUCAGGCGGAUACUUGGCACCCUGGAUCUGCAAGAAGUCCUAAUGGAGGCUCGGCGCAGCAAAGGCCAAACGACGGGUUUGUCGGCUCUCUGCUUGGAGUUCUUAGGAUCCCCGCUCAGCAAGCGCUUGCAAACAAGCGACUGGGGGGCCAGGCCGUUAAGUCGUGAGCAGCUGUCCUAUGCGGCUCUCGACGCUCAUUGCCUUCUCACUUUGGCAAGGAGACUGCACGCUUCCCCAGAAUCUAUAAGGAUGUUUAUGCAGCUUCAGGAUCUCAAGGUGCAGCUGUCGGCGGGGAAGAUGGUGGUCAGUGUGGGCAACGAUGCAGAAGAAUCCCCUUCUUUGGCUGUCGACAUGGAAGCCAUCGCGAAAGUCAGCCAGGACAUCACCUCUAAAGGAGCAGAAAUUCGUGCCAUGAAGGCGGCUGGCAAGGCCAAGUCGGCAUGGCAGGCAGAGGUCGCAGUCUUGCUGCAGCUCAAGGCUCGAUUCCGCCAGCUGGCUGGGGUCGAUUGGGUCCCGCCUGUCUCAGCAGGGUAG